CGAAAAAUCUCCGCCAGUCGCCGUCGGCCACCAUCCCCCUCCCACGCGGAGAGACAGCAAUCUCGGCCACACGUACGAUGCCCAAUGGACGGCAAGGAUCGGCGUUGCCUCUUCUUGCCGUGCCGUACAGGACCCCGUGCGUCCAUCGCUGGCCACAGAACGGAACGGAGGAGCGCGAGGGCGAGAGGACGCCCGUGAGCUGUCCACGCCUCCACGGGCAGGAUCAGGAUUGCAUUAUCCCCUCUUUCUCUGUCCCGUGCAACCACGCCCGCCAUUCUUUUCCGCUGCUUAUUAUUAUGCUUUCUGGCAGCUGCAGCAGCAGCACCUGAUUGGAUUGCUACUGGAUUCUGUUAGCUGCUAUUGGGAGGUUCCGCACCUGAAGCAAUUCAGCAAAUGGUUGGUGAACCAAAUUAAGGUGCACCGUCGAUCACAUCAGUCUCGAUCAAAAGCUAGCAAAGCAUGGCGGGCGCUGGAAGCUCGAAAGGAAUGGCGGACGCGGUGGAGAAGUGGAUGGCGUUCCCCGCCGGGGGCGAGGAGGAGACGACGGGCGGUUUCACGCUCCCGAUGCCUCCGCUGUCGCCGCCAGGCGGGAAGGAGAUCGUGGAGGAGCCAGGCAAUCAGCAGCAACAGCAGGGGUGGUGGCCUAAGCCGGCCGCGGAGCAGCGCGGCAGCGUCAGCGGGAAGCCGGCGGAGCCACGGGGCAGCGGCGUGGGCAGCAGCAAGCCGUCGAUGGAGGGCCGCGCGUCGUACGAUUCGCUGCCGCGGGUGUCGCAGGAGCUCAAGGACGCGCUGUCCAACCUGCAGCAGACGUUCGUGGUCUCCGACGCCACCCGCCCCGACUGCCCCAUCAUCUACGCCAGCGCCGGCUUCUACACCAUGACCGGAUACUCCGCCAAGGAGAUCAUCGGCCGCAACUGCCGGUUCCUUCAGGGCGCGGAGACGGACCAGAAGGAGGUGAGCAAGAUCAGGGACGCCGUCAAGGCCGGCAAGAGCUUCUGCGGCCGCCUGCUCAACUACCGCAAGGACGGCACCCCCUUCUGGAAUCUCCUCACCGUCACCCCCAUCCGCGACGACCAAGGCAAGGUCAUCAAGUUCAUCGGGAUGCAGGUGGAGGUGAGCAAGUAUACGGAAGGGCUGAGCGACAAGUGCAUGCGCCCCAACGAGAUGCCGGUCUCGCUCAUCCGCUACGACGACCGGCAGAGGGAGAACGCGAUGUCGUCGAUGACGGAGGUGGUGCAGACGGUGAAGCACCGGAAGGCGGACACGCCGGAGAUGAUGAUGAUGGAGACGCCCAAGCUCAGCAACGCGGACAAGGACGGCGGCAGCAGGAUGGCCGUGGCCGGAUCUUCGCCGCUGGUGACCCCCGCCACGCCGUCCGGCGGCGGGCUCAAGUCGCCCCUCUGGGACCUCAAGAAGGAGGAGUCGCGGAUGAGCCGGCUCAUGAGCGGCCGCAAGUCCCUCAUGGGGUUCAAGGUGGGGAAGAGGAGCUCCGUGGGGAGCCGGGAGCCGGCGGUGGUGCAGGAGGCGCCGGAGGUGAAGAUGACGGUGGAGCGCACCGACAGCUGGGAGCGCGCGGAAAGGGAGAAGGACAUCAGGCAGGGGAUCGACCUCGCCACCACGCUCGAGCGGAUCGAGAAGAACUUUGUCAUCACGGAUCCCAGGCUCCCGGACAACCCAAUCAUUUUCGCGUCUGACAGCUUCCUGGAGCUGACGGAGUACACGCGGGAAGAGAUCCUUGGGAGGAACUGCAGAUUUCUUCAAGGAGCGGAGACCGACCAGACCACUGUCGACAAGAUCAGAGACGCCAUCAGGGAGCAGAAAGAGGUCACCGUCCAGCUAAUUAACUACACCAAGAGCGGGAAGAAGUUCUGGAACUUGUUCCACCUACAACCUAUGUGGGACCAGAAGGGGGAGCUUCAAUACUUUAUUGGUGUGCAACUUGACGGAAGUGAUCAUGUGGAACCCCUCAGGAACCGUCUCUCGGAGACUACUGAAAUACAGAGUGCCAAAUUGGUCAAAGCUACAGCAGGGAAUGUGGAUGAUGCAGUCAGGGAACUUCCUGAUGCCAACCUGAGACCAGAGGACCUGUGGGCAAUUCACUCACUAUCUGUUUCUCCCAAACCUCACAAAAGGAACAACUCUUCUUGGAAAGCUAUAGCAAAGAUCGUACAAACCGGGGAGAAGAUUGGCUUGAAGCAUUUCAAGCCUGUAAAACCUCUGGGAUGUGGUGACACUGGCAGUGUACACUUGGUUGAGUUGCAAGGUAGUGGUGAAUUAUUUGCAAUGAAGGCAAUGGAUAAAUCAGUGAUGUUGAACCGGAACAAGGUACACCGAGCUAUUAUUGAAAGAGAAAUAUACUCUCUAUUGGAUCAUCCUUUUCUCCCUACACUAUAUACUUCAUUUCAGACGCCAACACAUGUUUGUCUCAUAACAGACUUUUGUCCAGGAGGAGAAUUAUUUGCGGCCCUUGACAAGCAACCCCUGAAAAUUUUCAGAGAAGAAUCUGCAAGGUUCUAUGCUGCAGAGGUUGUGAUUGGUCUGGAGUAUCUUCAUUGCCUUGGUAUUAUAUACCGUGAUCUGAAACCAGAAAACAUCUUGCUUCAAGCCGAUGGGCACGUUGUACUGACUGAUUUUGAUCUCUCAUUUUUGACUUCUUCGAAACCCCAUGUUAUAAAGCAUGCCGCAUCAUUAAAACGAAGGAGAUCGAAAGAAUUUCUCCCCCCUUCAUUUGUUGCCGAUCCGUCCACUCCAUCAAAUUCUUUUGUUGGAACUGAAGAGUACAUUGCUCCAGAGGUCAUCUCAGGUGCAGGACAUACAAGUGCCAUUGAUUGGUGGGCUCUUGGAAUUCUAUUGUAUGAGAUGUUGUAUGGACGUACUCCAUUUCGAGGAAAAAACAGGAGGAAGACAUUUUAUAACAUCCUGCACAAAGAUCUCACUUUUCCUAGUAGCAUCCCAGUUAGCCUUGCAGCAAAGCAGCUAAUCCAUGGACUACUUCAGAGAGAUCCUUCUUCUCGCAUAGGUUCAAAUACUGGUGCAAAUGAUAUCAAGGAACAUCCAUUUUUUGAAGACAUCUAUUGGCCACUCAUACGUUGCAUGAGCCCCCCGGAGCUUCAUGUUCCAUUGAAACUAAUUGGCAAGGAAUCUCAACCAAAAUUGAAUCCUGAGGAAGGUGUGCUUGAUAAAUUUUAAGGUGAAGAUGGCACAAGCCUCACAUAUUGCCCUUUGCAGGACAGGUUGCACGACAUCCAUGUGGUAGGAACGGCAGAACAGUGUAUAUUAUCAAAAAGAGGCUUUCCUGUCCGGUAUGAUAGAAGGAAGUACCGUCUUCAGUGUGUUUUCUCUUUGAGAUUCCAUCAUGUACAUGGGCUAUUCUUUUGGUUAGACUAGGAGCUUAGUGUAUCACGUAAAUAUGAUAUUCUUCUAAAGUUAUCGCUCUUCCUGGAGAUGGUUCAAUAAAAUGUAGUUCGAGGCGGGCGUAUAAUUAUUGUCAAAAGUUUUGAAAAAAUGCUUUUCUUUGCAAUAAAGCUUAUAUUUGUGAAUUAUAAA